AUGCUUAAUAAAGUGAGCACUGUGGAGGAAGAGGAAGACCUGAUGGCCAUUGAUGAGAAAUGUGUGGAAGCAGCUAGUGCAAUAAAGUUUAAAGUCAUUCCCAUCACAGAAAGGCCGUUCUACAAUCAGACCAUGGUGUAUGUGCGGGCCAUGACCGACUACAGCCCUCAGCAGGACCUGACCAUCCCCUGCACCGACGCCGGCAUGAGCUUCAGAAGAGGUGACAUCCUGGAGAUCGUGGAUCAGACAGACACCCUGUGGUGGCAGGCAAAGAAACUCCCAAGCAACACAGCAUGUGCCGGCCCCAUUCCCUCCACCAGCCUGCUCAAACGGAAGCAGGGGCAGUUCUGGUGGUCUCAGCCUUACCAGCCACACACCUGCAUACAGACAUGUGAGUGUGUUCAGGUUCUCUUUUAG